AUGGGUUUAUUGAUUGUACCUAUUGCAUUAUUAGUUGUAUCUUUUACAAGACCAUGGUAUCAAACAAAACUGGAUAGUGGUGAAAAGUUAAUUUACAAUUAUAAAACUAUAAAGAUUGAAGAUCAACCAUAUAAAAACUAUACUGUUUCCUUUUCAGUUCCUUUCGAUGACAAGACAGAUCUCAUUCAUAGUUUGAAAGUUUUUCAAUCUACCUUUGUUUUUGCUAUCAUGGCUUGGUGUAUGCAUGUCAUUGCAGCAGGUUUCAUUCUAGUCGGAUUGUUUGGUAAACUACCAGAGAUGCUUCACUUGGUACCAAAGAUCGUUGUACCAGUUGCAUUGGGAUUCACUCUCAUCUCGCUGUUCAUAUUUCUAGGUCUGCCAAAGGCAAUCGAUAUCGAUUGCAGCAACAACGAUAACUUUGGAGCUCUCUGUUUGCCACUGGGUCAACGUGACAAAUUGGUAGGUUCGAGUGACGGUUCUAAAUGGGGACCACUCGAAGGAUGGGCAACUGUUGUUGCUUCAUCUGCAUUUAGUUUGGGUGCAACAGUUGUAACUUUAGUCUUCCAAAAAUUCUAA